AUGCCAUCAGCCCUCCUCGUCACCGUCGUCGCCCUUGCAGCUGUCUACUUCUUGAAUCUCUAUAGAUGCCUUGCUGCAAACGUCAAGGCCGCCAAGAAGUCAGGCAUUCCGUACAUUGUGCUGCCGUGGAACAAGUUCGGCGUCUUCUGGUUGAUACUUGGUAACCGCUUGUACCCAAUCAUCGACAAGCUCCCGAAGGCCUGGACCAAGAGUUGGCUGCCGUAUCUUCGGAUCGAAUGGUUAUACGAGGCCAAGUACGAGCCAUUCAAGCGCUUCGGCAGCGAGAUCCUGCUCGUCUGCUCGCCUGGCGAGAAGCACCUCUACGUGGCCAAUCCCGAAGCCAUAGCCGACAUUGCCACCCGUCGCCUGGACUUCCCCAAGCCGCUGGAGGUGUACAAGACGCUGCAGCUGUACGGCGAGAAUGUUGUCGUCACCGAGGGACAGCUUUGGCGCAAGCAUCGCAAGAUCACCGCCCCGUCGUUCAGUGAGAAGAACAACCGCGUGGUCUGGGACGAGAGCUUGAGGCAGACCGAGGCAAUCCUCACGCACUGGACCGCCGGCAAUGUCUCGAGCGGCAGCUUGCAUGAGUUGGACGCCGACAUGAUGAGUCUGAGCUUGAACCUCAUCAGCAAGGCAGGGUUCGGCGUGCGUUGCCUAUGGCCCCACGAGGAGGCUGUAGGGCAGGUGGACGGGCAAGACGAACGUUUGACAAGCAGCAAACCACCACCCGGUCACACUAUGUCGUACAAAGAAGCCAUGAGCAAGCUCAUGAAGAACGUCAUCUGGAUCCCAAUUAUGCCGAAGUGGCUUCGCGAUAUCGUGCCCUUUGAGGGACCUCGGACAGCGUCUGUCGCGUAUGACGAGUGGGGCCUGUACAUGAAGGAGUUGUAUGAGAUGAAGAAGACCCACAUUCGUGAGGGGCGAACGACGGAAGGGCUGGAUCUGCUCGGCUCUGUCAUGAAGGGAGCCGGGAUCACCGAGAAGACCCUGAGUGGCGCCGAGCCCCAGAACCAGGUGCUCAGCGACUCAGAGAUUUUGGGGAACGCAUUCAUCUUCAUCCUUGCAGGCCAUGAAACGACGGCGAACGCAAUGCAUUUCGCCCUUGUGCUGCUGGCAUUGAACCCUCAAAGCCAGCGCCGGCUACAGAAGGCCAUCUCCGAGAUGGUUGGCGAUCGUCCGAUCUCACAGUGGGACUACGACCAGGACUUGCCGAAGCUUAUGAACGGGAUGCCAGCGGCCGUCAUCAACGAGACGCUCCGCAUGAUUCCUGCCGUUGUUGGCAUACCAAAGAGAACGAUGAAGGGCAGCCCGCAGACGUUGACGGUGAACGGCCAGGACUACGUGGUCCCUGAAGACACUCUUAUCUCCAUUGACACUCCAGGAGCCCACAAUAAUCCCAGGUACUGGCCAGCUCGGCCCGAUAUAUCGGCCCUACCGCCUGGGGAUGAGCUCGAACAGUUCAAGCCGGAACGGUGGAUCGUUGAUGAGAGCAACCAACCGCUCGUUGGCGGAGGCGGGGCGGUGUCCGGCAAGGCAGAGCAGCUGUUCAAGCCGGCCCCCGGGGCGUUCGUCCCAUUCAGCGAGGGACACCGCAGCUGCAUGGGCCGCCGUUUCGCUCAGGUGGAGAGCAUCAGCAUCAUCGCGGCGCUCAUGCACACGCACAGCGUCGAACUUGCGGUGGACGCAUUUGCCGACGACGAAGCGGUCGCAGCCAUGCCGCGUGGUGGGCCGGAGCGCAGGGAGGUGUGGCAAAAGGCAGCUGACAAGGGCUCGGAUGUGCUCAAGAACGGGCUGGGGACCAUCAUCACCCUCCAGAUGCGGAAGGGGCACGUGCCGCUGCGCGUCGUCAAGCGAGGAGAAGAGCGCUUCUCGUGGGAUUAG